UUAGGGAAGUUAAACUAUUAUUUAAAAGCCAGCAUGCGCUAGCCGGGGCUUAAGUAAACUCCUUCAGUCUAGGGAAGCUGAUAAGAGUGAGGGGAGGCUCGCAGAUCUCUCCAGUCAAAACCUUUCCCAAGCUGCCCAUUGCCCGGUCCUUCCCACGAGAACCCCUGGGGACCCCGCGCGGUGAUGUCAUCCGGGGCAGCCGGGGAUGUGAUGAGCAUGUCCGUGGGGACUGCAGGUACCAAGAGGCGCCAUCGGUGACUGGGAGGGCACAGGUGUGUGGCUCCGUUCCAUGCCCAUUCUUCUUAUGCCCUCCAGUCUCAACGCGCCCUCAACGGAGGAGCGCUCCUCCCGGGCCAGCAGCGGGCUUGGGGGCCGGAGCAGCCCGGCCAUGAAGGAGCUCCCAGCUGAGCCAAAGGACCAGCAGCUCACGGUGGCAGUCCGGAUCCGUCCAAUUAAUGACACUGAACUGGAUGAGGGAGCUGCAGUCAUUGCCCACAAAGUGGGUGAUCAGAUGGUGGUGCUCAUGGACCCGGGUGAGGAUCCAGAUGAUGCUUUGAGAGCCAAUCGUUCCCGUGAAAAGACGUUUAUAUUUGAUAUUGUUUUUGAUCAGCAAGCUUCCCAGGAGGAGGUGUACUGUUCCACAACUCAACACUUAGUGGAAGGAGUCAUUUCUGGAUACAAUGCAACAGUCUUUGCAUAUGGCCCAUCAGGUGCUGGUAAAACUUACACUAUGCUGGGGAUGGACUCUGAGCCUGGGAUAUAUCUCCAGACACUGAAUGAUCUCUUUCAGGCUAUUGAAGAGACUAGUGAUGAUAUGGAAUACACAGUUUCCAUGUCCUACCUGGAGAUUUAUAAUGAAGUAAUACGUGACCUUCUGAAUCCAUCUUCAGAAUUUCUGGAGCUGAGAGAAGAUUCCAAAGGAAGCAUCCAGAUAGCAGGAAUUACUGAGGUCUCCACCACAAAUGCCCAAGAGAUCAUGCAGCUGUUAAUUAAAGGGAACAAGCAGCGGACUCAGGAACCCACAGCAGCAAACAAGACUUCUUCCCGUUCCCAUGCUGUACUUCAAGUCACUGUGAAACAAAGAAGUCGGGUCAAGGAUCUUUCUGAGGAAGUUCGAGUGGGGAAGUUAUUCAUGGUUGAUUUGGCAGGGUCAGAGAGAGCAUCCCAGACCCAGAAUCGAGGCAAGAGAAUGAAGGAGGGAGCUCAUAUCAAUCGUUCUCUGUUGGCUCUUGGCAACUGCAUCAAUGCACUGAGUGAAAAGGGGGGAAGUCGAUCCCAGUAUGUCAAUUUUCGGGACAGCAAACUCACACGCUUGUUGAAGGAUGCCUUAGGAGGGAAUAGCAGAACCGUGAUGAUUGCCCACAUCAGCCCGGCUAGCACUUACUUUGAAGAAUCCCGGACAACCUUAAUAUAUGCCUAUCGAGCCAAAAAUAUCAAGACCAGGGUCAAACGUAAUCUGCUAAAUGUCUCCUAUCAUAUUGCCCAGUACACUGACGUAAUUUCAGACUUACGGAGAGAGAUAGAACAUCUGAAAUCAAAAAUUGAGAAGCAAGAAAAGGACAAGAAAAAUGGACCUGAUGUCAGAGAUGUGCAAGCAGAGGUCCAUCACGACUCUGAGGAAGAUAGCCGAAUGCAGAUGAAUAAGAUUCGGGGACAAUUGAUUAGUGCUUUCAAAGAGCAGAUGGAAAUGAGACAGAGCCUUAUGGAAUUAGAAAACACAAAUAUUGAGCUUCAUAUUGAUACUUCCCGGCACCUCUUGACAAUAGCAGACUGGGAACGAGAAAAGGCCCAUCAGGCUCACAAGGAGAAGGACGAUGAAAAUGUGGAGGCUGAUGGUGAAGGAGAAGAGGGGGAGUCUAAUGAACCCCAUGAGGUUUCAGUGGCCAGAGAGGAGAUCAACAUGCUCCUGGCGGAGCAACGGAAAACAGCAGCCCUAAAGGCUGGGCUGGAGCAACGCUUAGCCAAUGCCAAGAAGAAAGCGUCCCAGAUGGAGAAAUUGUUACCCAAACAAAUAAUUAACAAGGACCAGAGGGAGGUGCUGAGGCUUCUCUGUAAAGCUCAUGAGCUGGAGGUGGAGAACACAGAGCUCCAGGCAAACAACUUGUACCAGAAGAACCUUUUGUGCCAGAAGGAUUUUGUGAUCCAGCGGUACCAUCAGCACAGGCUUCUCUGUGAGGAAAUCAUCCAGCAGCAGCGGGAGCUGAUCAAGGGUAACUGGAUUCCUGUACCAGAGCCACUGGAAAAGAGAUAUCGACUUUAUUCUCAAGAAUUAGAGGAGGGGACCCUAAAUCGUCUACUUCUGCUCCACUCAGUGAUGUUUAACUCCCUCAGGGAUGGUUCUGUUCUGAAUAUAGCUCAACAGAUGGAACUACAUAAGGAGGAUACCAGCAGAGACCAGCUUGACAAUAGGAAAGACCUUCCUUGGGGAGCAAAAUUUGAACUUCCACCUAUCGUCAUAGAGCCAGACAGUGAAGGUUACAAGUCAUCAAAAGUCACUCCAUCUAAAAAACCAGGAAAAAGAGAUUCUCUUCUCACUCCCACUUCCUUCCGCCUUCUGAUAACUCCUCCAGUUCAUGAGAAACCCAAUUCUCUCAGCAUGAAAAAGAUGGUCUCCAAGUUGUGUUCUCCCACGAGUCUGGAUUUAAACAUGAAAAAACUGGGUGAGGAUGGACCUGCUACCUCACUGAGUGCGCAGGCCUUGAAAGAGAUAGCAGUGAGUACAAAGAGCAUCUCUCUCAUCGCAGCCAGCAGGCGCUCCAAGACCCACGACCAGGAAGGCGGAAGCAGCCUCUCCACGAUGCACUCCCUCGAUGAGGGAGCAUCAGAACCAAAAUACUGGAAGCCCAACCUUACUCCUGACCUGACAGAGUCUCAGAGGAAAGCCCAGGCUGACAGGAAGCAAUUACAGGCUAGUCCUAGGAGGGGAAGACAGAGAAACAGCUCGUUGGAGCGGAGAACCAGGAAGAAAAGAUCCCCCUCCUGUAUUCGGAAUGCUCAAAUGGGAACUGAGAAGCUCCCAAUUCCCAUGAUAGACUACUCUUCUGAAAAUCAGUCACCCCAAACUCACCUGAUGCAGCAUUCUAAGACCACCAAGACCCUGUUCCCUGCAGUUCCUGUGGCCAAGACCAAAUUCCCCACCAAUCACCUUACAGAUGAAAACACACUGCAGGUACCUGAAAUCAGCUUCACUUUUCCCAGUGCCAUCUGGCAGUGCAAUCCAGGACAGAAUCGAGGGCCACUCCUCCCCAGAGAGGUCAGAGGGUCUGCAGAUAGUGGCAUCAGUCAUCAUAACUCCUUGCAUCCUGGAAUCGCCCGAAAGCAACUGGGAGGCAGUGCGAAGAAACAGGGGAGACCAAAAUAAAUUGCCUGUGCUAAAGAAGGACAGCAGUUACAAGAAGAAACUGGGUAUAAACAAAGCUUCUCUUUUCUUGCAGAAAUGGAUUUGGGGAAAGGAGGGAGGAGGCAGCAAAAAAUUGAAAGGCCCAUCAAGUUUUCAUUUCUGCCCCUCCUCUCCACAAUCAGAAAAAUAAAAAACCAAAGCCCACUUUUCUUUGCCUUUUAAAGACCAAAUUGGUGAUUAUCCAUUGACAGGUUUUUCAAAGAAAGAUGUAAUCCUUGAUGCCUUACUAGAGUUUUUCCCAUGCUUCCAAGCAGCAAUAUUCAGAAUUGCCCCUAUGGUCUGGUCAAUUGACCGCAUAUUCUGGGGCACCCCAUCCUGCCAGGGUGACAGCAAGUGGGAAGAAGAGGCCAAGACACUUCCAGUUUCUAGGUAUCUGAGUGGGAAUAUGUUGAUUACUUAGUCAUAAUAAUUCUCUUCUUCCUCCCUGUCCCACAUAUUCCCCUCCUUCCAUACUUUUAUUUAAUGUAGUGGGUAGAGUUGGACUCAGAAUCAAGAAGACCUGGAUUUGAAUCCUGCCUCCAAAAUUUACUAGCUAUGUGACCCUGGGCAAGUCACGUAACCUCUUCUGUGUCUGUUUCCUUAUCUGUAAAAUGAAGGAGUUGGGCAUGCAGACCUCUAAGGUCCUUUCUACCUCUUAAGCUAUGACCCUCUUCUCUUACAGUAUCUGCUUCCCUUCCCCUUUUUCCCUCCACACAAAGACUCUCCAAGAUUUGGGGAGAGGGAAUCAAGGGGAGCCCUCACAGAGUGAUUUUCUCCAAUCCCUGAAUGACAAUACCCUACUUCCAUGUAUGACCGUGACUCCCCAAAGAUCUUUCCUUCUAGGAAGGAGAAGGAGGCAAUGAAGUUCCCCACUUUAGGGAUAUGGAAGCCUUCUCUCCUCUCUGUGUAGGGAAUUACCUUUUCUCAUAGGAAACAUGAAUAAAAAUGACUUGGGCAGAG